UGUGCUUACAUCAGCAGGUCCAUGGGCUAUCAUCGGAACGUUGUAAUGAUAAUGUGGAGGUAUGAUUCACGAACGCCGAUGAUUUCCCCGGGCAAGCGGAUAGGGGUAAUGGGGUAUAUAGCAGGGUGACCGUCUUUUUUGAAGGUCUCUCCGUCCGUCUUCGAGAUUGUACAUUCUUUUGACUAGACUAUAAUCAGUCAAUACAACUUCAAAAUGUCCAAAGUCAUUGCCAUCACCGGAGCCAACCGAGGACUCGGCCUCGAAUUCGUCAAACAAUACAGCCAGGACAGCAACGUCACCGUUAUCGCCUAUCAACGAAGCGAUGACCGAUCAGCCAUCGAGGCGUUGAAGAAGGACAACGUCAAGAUCAUCAAGUUGGACGCGGCUGAUGAUGAGCAGGUCAAGAAAGCCGUCGAGGAGACCAAAAAGAUCACCAAAUCGAUCGACAUCCUCAUCAACAACGCCGCCAUCAACACCGGACCUUUUAAACUGACCGAACCGCAAGACCUCUCCCCCAUAUCCAAAGUGCACGACACAAACGUCCUCGGCCCUAUCCGGGUGACGACCUCCUUCCUCCCGCUCUUACGUGAGGGAAAGGACAAGAAAGUCAUCUUCAUCAGCAGCGGGGUAGCUUCGUUGACGAGGACCGUCAAGAAGAGUUUCGGGCCUAUGGCUCCUUAUGCCAUGUCCAAGACGGGCUUGAACAUGGUCGUCGCCCUCUACUCGGUCGAGCUCUCUGACGAAGGGUUUACCUGUCUCGCCUUUGACCCCGGUCACGUUCAGACGGAUAUGGGUGGUGGUCACGCCCCCUUAACACCCCCGGAGAGCAUCAAGAACAUGAUCGCCAAGAUCUCCUCGGUCUCCCCGGAAGUGAACGGCAAAUUCUUCGCCGUCAAGGGCGAUCCCGGUUCGACCAAGAUGGAGGAGGAGGACUGGUAAUUGGUAGUCGUUCCGGCACUUCUCUAGUGUAGUAGAAGAUUUGUACUGUAGUUUUACCAGUAACCACGUCAUACGGAAAGUUGAAAGUUGAAAGUUGAAAGUCGAGAUGCA